AUGAAUAUCGCAGAACAAGAAGCACAAGCAGCACUUGAUAAACAAUUAUAUCUUAGUCAGCAAAGAAUUAGAGAAGAUGUAUCACGUAGAACAGAUUCUUUUCUACAUUUUGCAAUUUCUACAGGAACAAUCGGUCAAUCUUUGCAAACGCAGGCUUUAUCAACAGCAGAAAUGGAAAAUACGGUACAAUUCGUCGAGAAUUCACUAAUGGCAAGAAUACCACCAGCUUCAGGAACGAGAAUUAGAAAUCAAUUUGAAAUUUCUGCUCAAUUCAAGAACGGAUAUGAAGCUCCUGAAGAGGAUAAUACUGUUCCUGAAGAAGAGUUUACUCAGCCAAUACCAUGCGAUUAUUGGUAA